GGGGAUCAUCCAGCCGGCUGGCCGUAGAAGUGGGAGAAGUGAGCGACACGCCGAGACAGAAGCCAGAGGAGCGGCAAGCAGCCAGGCAGCGUGAGCUCUCCGGCCCCAGGACAAAAUGGCCCACCGCCUGCGACUUUUUUUCGGCUCGGGCCGCAGCAACACGGCUCCGGAGCUGGAGGUGGUCGAAGGAGACCCCGGCGAGAGGAGGCAGCGGCAGCAGCAGCAGGAGGACGGCGGCGGCACCCACGCCUUGAGGUUCUGCAUGCGGACACCCCCAGUGUCCGGGUCACCACAGGAGCCGUCGCCUCUGUCCUUCUCCGGCCCGACCGGCGCUGCAGCAUGGGGGUCGGAACCGGCGCUGAAACGGAGCUCGUCCAUGUUCAUCCCCCAGCUCGCCCCCUCGGCCGAGCCGCGGGCCACCAAGAGCUCCACCAUGCAGAUCUCCCUCCAGCGCUCCGGCAGCAGGCCCGGCUGUAAGGAGUUCAACGGAUGUGCGUACGACGACCCGCCACCCUGCUACAGUCCUCCAGGGCCGGCUCCCGCCUACACGGAGCCAGGCGAGCUAAGUGAUUAUCCAUAUCCACCGCCACCCCCGUACUCCAGCCCGGACAUACCGGGGAGUCAUCCCGCGGAGCCCGAUCGGCCCGGUCGCAGGGUCUUCAGCAUGGGGUCCAACGGGCACGGCGGGUCCGCCCCGGGUCAAGCCGGCAUCAGCAUCGGCGGGAUCCGUAUCCAGAGGAACUCCCCCGACGGUUCGGAGGUCCAGCAUCUCCGGAUCCUGCCCUACGGCGGGACCGGGGGGCCGCUGGGGUGGUACGUCCAGCAGAAGGGCGCGGACCGGCCCGGGACGGGCAACGGGGGAACACAGAGACUCGUGUUUCAACUGCAGCAGAAUCAGAGCCAGGACCUGAACCAGGGCGGACAACAGUCCCCUUCACCUCAGGACGAGUGCACUCAUCUGGGAUUCGCCAACCCCGGGGACGGACCAGUGUUUGGUUACCCCAGAAUUAGACUGGAGAGGACGGCCUCAAAGCAGAGAGCGCCGAUGGAAAACCUACAGCAGGGUUCUGGGGGUCAAGCUAACGAGGAGGCCUGCGGCCAGCCGGAGACACGGCAGAGGGUGGAAACAGAAGACCGAGCUAAAGGUUGCACCUUCAAAAUCCGAAGAGAAACUCCGAGGAGGCAGCCUCAUUUCAGGAUAUGCUUCAGCCCAAAUGGUAGUCGAGGUCAGAACGUGAACAUUGACUCUGACUUCACACAAAAUAACCCAAAGACAAGAGAUGAUUUCCUUGGACAAGUCGAUGUACCCCUCAGUCACUUGGCGACGGAAGACCCCGCCAUGGAGCGACCGUACACGUUUAAAGACUUCCUCCUGCGGCCUAGAAGGUUGUCCAGUCACAAGUCCCGGGUGAAGGGGUACCUGCGGUUGAAGAUGGCGUACCUGCCCAACCAGGACGGACAGGAAGAGGAAGUGGGCGACGUCAGGGAGGAAGCAGAGGGCUGGGAGGAGACCAGUGAACAGGGGAACCAGAGGCCCCAGCAGCUGGUGCCUCCCCUGCCCCCCGGCUGGGAGGAGAAGGUGGACAACCUGGGCCGCACCUACUUCGUCAACCACAACAACCGCUCCACGCAGUGGAAGCGCCCCACCAACAUGGAUGUGAUUUCGGAGAGUGAGAACGACAGCCAGCAGCGGCAGAUCCACCAGGAGGCACACCGCGUGUUCCGCUCCCGGAGACACAUCAGCGAGGACCUGGAGAACGAACACAUGGAGCCCAGCCGGGACCUGGACAACCUAUGGGAGCUGAUCUCAGAGGAGGAUCCCAAUGAGCUCCCCGGCCCCCCUUCCACCUCCUCCUCCAUCAUCAUGCCCUCCCAGCCCCCCCAGUCCCCGGGCCCCCCCCAGGAGUACUCCGAGGAGCUCAGACUCUCUUUCCAGCCCGAGACCAACGGAGAAGACCCAGGACCUGCGUCUGUCCAGGGCCAGCUGUCCGAAAGACUUCGCUCCUCCAGUAUGACGGACGGAGUCAGCGAACAGGCUCAGCCUCCACCCCUGACGACGCCCAGCUCCCAGAGCAGAAGAACCAGAGCUCAGACAGUAACAGGCGUUGAGGAGCCCAUGUCCCCCUCGGCGGCGGCAGCCUUUGUUCUGACCCCGCCUAUCCUGCCCACCGGGUGGGAAGAGAGGAAGGACGGCAAGGGUCGCACCUACUUCGUCAACCACAACAGCCGCUCCACCACCUGGACCCGACCCGUCAUACAGCUGACGGAAGACGGCACCAGCACCUCCGCGGCGGGCGCGACCGCCUCCACCUCCUCCCCCACCUCCGGAGCCGGGGGUCCCUCGGAGGCCCCCCCCUCCACCUCCUCGGCCUCCGGCUCCACGAGCCACCUCCACGAGCCCCCCCAGGUCCGCAGGGCCCGUAGCCUCAGCUCCCCCACCGUCACCCUGUCCACCCCCAUAGAGGGCGCCAACAACAUCCAGGUGCGGCGGGUGGUCAAAGACACGGUGUCCAACCCCCAGACCCCCCAGCCUUCGCCCUACAGCUCCCCCAAGUCCCAGCACAAGCCCCAGCAGAGCUUCCUCCCGCCUGGCUGGGAGAUGAGGAUAGCGCCCAACGGAAGGCCCUUCUUCAUCGACCACAACAGCCGCAACACCACCUGGGAGGAUCCCAGGUUGAAGUACCCGGUCCACUUGAGGACCAAGACCUCCAUGGAGCCUGGGGAGCUGGGGCCUCUUCCGCCUGGCUGGGAGGAGAGGAUCCACACCGAUGGACGCACCUUUUACAUCGACCAUAACACAAAGAACACUCAAUGGGAGGACCCUCGCUUGCAGAGCCCAGCCAUCACGGGACCUGCAGUUCCUUACUCCAGAGAAUUCAAGCAGAAAUACGACUACUUCAGGAAGAAAUUGAAGAAGCCGGCGGACAUUCCCAACCGCUUCGAGAUGAAGCUGCACCGGAACAACAUCUUCGAGGAGUCGUACCGCCGCAUCAUGUCCCUGAAGCGGCCCGACAUCCUGAAGGCGCGGCUCUGGAUCGAGUUCGAGCUGGAGAAGGGGCUGGACUACGGGGGCGUGGCCCGCGAGUGGUUCUUCCUGCUGUCCAAGGAGAUGUUCAACCCCUACUACGGCCUCUUCGAGUACUCCGCCACAGACAACUACACACUCCAGAUCAACCCCAACUCUGGCCUGUGUAACGAGGACCACCUGUCCUACUUUAAGUUCAUUGGUCGCGUGGCGGGAAUGGCCGUGUUCCAUGGGAAGCUGUUAGACGGAUUCUUUAUCCGACCGUUUUACAAGAUGAUGCUGGGCAAACAGAUCUCUCUCAAAGAUAUGGAGUCCGUGGACAGUGAGUACUACAACUCCCUGAAGUGGAUCCUGGAGAACGACCCCACAGAGCUGGACCUGCGGUUCUGCAUCGAUGAGGACAACUUCGGACAGACAUACCAGGUGGACCUAAAGCCCAGUGGGUCGGACAUGGUGGUCACCAACGACAACAAAAAGGAAUACAUUGACCUUGUGAUCCAGUGGAGGUUUGUGAACCGGGUCCAGAAGCAGAUGAACGCCUUCCUAGAGGGCUUCACUGAGCUCAUCGUCGUGGAUCUGAUCAAGAUCUUUGAUGAAAAUGAACUGGAGCUGUUGAUGUGUGGUCUGGGGGAUGUGGAUGUCAACGACUGGAGGCAACACACGGUGUAUAAAAACGGCUACUGUCCUAAUCACCCUGUCAUACAGUGGUUCUGGAAGGUGGUCCUCCUGAUGGACGCCGAGAAGCGGAUCCGUCUGCUGCAGUUUGUGACCGGGACGUCCCGGGUGCCCAUGAACGGCUUCGCAGAGCUCUACGGUUCCAACGGACCUCAGCUGUUCACCAUCGAGCAGUGGGGCACUCCGGAGAAGCUACCCAGGGCCCAUACGUGCUUCAACCGCCUGGACCUGCCCACCUAUGAGUCGUUUGAGGACCUAAGGGAGAAACUGCUCAUGGCGGUGGAGAACGCCCAAGGGUUUGAGGGCGUCGACUAGAACCGACUUAAAAAAAGAGACAUCAAGACGAAUAAAAAAACUGUUGUUGGUUGUUUGUGACCAUGUAACAAACAACCAACAAACUGCCAUUUCUGUUUUAAAGUGGUGGUGGUGGUGGUGGAGGUAGCGGUUGUGUUGCUAGCAUGUUGUGCUGUAUGCAUGACGGUGUAAGCGGCUGCCACGGCAACAGCAUGGAGGCUAUAGAGACUGUACAGCGACUUGUUGGGCCAAUUUGCCUGUCUUUCUCUCUCUCUCUCUCUCUCUCUCUCUCUCUCUCUCUCUCUCGGUCUUCUGUCUCUGUGGGUGCGUCCCUCUUUUAUUCAAGGUGCUGGGGCCCAAAGGAACGGCCUUAUAUUUGUGUGCACCUUAAAGAUGCUGACUUCUAUCACUACACUGGCAUGGUUAUCCCAUAAUAACAAAGCGAUCCUCUCGUUCUCAUUGUAACCCUGGAUGUCCCUUUAACUCUCUCUCGGCCUCUCUUCCUCUCUCUCUUUACUUCUUUGAUAAAUCGGUAGUGCUGGAAACAACUCGAAUGCAUUUCAACUGCUCCUUUAAACUAUAUUAUAGCACAUUGUGUUAGUACCCUUCUCCUACUGGGGGUCCUGACAGGCCCUGAGCCCGGCCUGACUUACUACAUGCACUAUUUCUCUCUCUCUCUGUGUCUCUCCCUCUGUCUCUCUGUCUCUCUCUUUUUCUGUCUGUCUCUCUGUCUCUCUCUCUCUCUAUAUAUAUAUAUCUCUCUCGUUCUCUCUCUCUGUCUCUCUUUUUCUGUCUGUCUCUUGCUUUCUGUCUCUCUCUCUAUAUCUCUCUCGUUCCCUCUCUCUCUGUGUCUCUCCCUGUGUCUCUCUUUCUCUUUUUCUGUCUGUCUCUCUCUUGCGCUCUGUCUCUCUCUCUAUAUCUCUCUCGUUCUCUCUCUCUCUGUCCAACUGUAAAACAACAACAACAACUGAUAGAACGGCGCAGCGAUCACCUGUCCCUGGGAUCCUUACAGCGAGCCCAGAUUACCUUAGGAAUGCUAGCCAAUCCAAGACAAGGAGAUCUCCCGCUCCCUUGUCUCUCUCUAAUCCGUGUGUUGCUGGAUGGCUGAGUGAUGUUUGCAGCCUGUUGGGGGGGGGGGGUAGGACAGAGAGCAGAGAAAUGUCCUCUCUCAAAUGAUGGUUUUAUAGCCUUUUCUUAGGUGAAAAAAAAAAAGAUUUUUUAAAAUCGAUUUUUAUCACGUUAUCAUUCUUACGAGAAAAUACAAAAAACGAAACUGUCUUUGUACUGAUGAAUAAUGUUUACUAUUUUGAGAAAAAAAUCUUUAAAAAAGUGUGUGAAGUGUAAAUCUGGCUUGUUACGGCGGGGAGAGGGGAACGACUUACUCCUAUGAUUUGUUAUGGUGAUAGCAAACGUGUUCUAUUGUAAUUCUAUGAAAUUGGCAUGAAAAAUGUAUUGUGUCUUUGCUUGAAUAACAAUAGUAAAUGGAAGUGUAUUUCUCGCUGUCUGUGUUGAGCUCUGGGGAAGAAGCUACUGGGGUUUAUUUUGGGGACUUUGGGACAACAUGGUUCUGUUUAUAAUGGUAUGCUUAUCCCUUUUCAUAAUGCUGUCAAAUUCUUCCUGGAACCCCCCCCCCCCCGUUACCCCACUAUUGAAAUACUUUCUAUAUAUCUAUAUACAAAAAUAUAUAUAUGUAUGUAUUACAAUUAACAAAAGUAUUAUUGAUCAACAACACUAAAAUGAAGCGUUUUUUGUGUGUGUGUGUGUGUGUGUGUGCGUGCGAGAAUGCGUGCGUAUGUGUGUGCGUGCGUUUCUCGAGAAAAGCUGUGAUUGCCACUGAAUAGAAAGCAGCGUUUCCUACGCUUUUCCUCCCGUCUCUCCUUUUUCUAACACCAUUGAACCUAAAUGGGCACUUUAUAGAUCCUCCUACGAUCCUGUCGCCUGUCGUCUGUCUUUACCAUGUAGACCUGAAUGUGAUUCUCUGAUUUCAUUGUGUACAUUUCUUCCAAUAUGAGCACUUACCUGGUGCAAUAUGAAUAGUUUGUAAAUCUGGCCUGCUGCUAAAAAACACCCACAGAUCAUGUCAACCGAGGUGAAAGUGUGACCACCACUUUAUUUUGGUAUAUUCUUGACACUUUCAUUAUUCCUGGUUUUCCUUUUAACGUACUCCUGUCCUGUCUGUUUUGUCUUCUUUCUGAAUUCGCCCAGGUUUGCGUUUUGUCUUAUUUUCUUUCGUUCGGUUGGUUGUUUUGUUUUUUCCUUUUUAUUUUUUUUGGUUAUCUUUUCUUAGUUUUUUUUAAUUUUAUCUAUGACAGGAAAUAUCACUUUUGUUAAAGAUUGUGCCACUUGCUAAAGGUUUGUGGUUUAUAUAUCUUCAGUCAAAUAAAAUGGACCGUCUCCGUAUAAAUAUGGUUGUUUGUAAUGUCUUCCUUUUCUUCACACAAGAUUUAGAGCGAAGAAACGAAACAUUAGAUGCAAGUUAUCGG